AUGACCUUAUCUGAUACUCAAGCGAAAAACUCCGCACCUGUGAUGGCUGCAAAGACAAAGCUUUCGGGAAGAGCUCUGUUCGAGGAUAUAGGAAAACCAACCAAGAUCGUUGCACCUAUGGUAGAUCAAUCCGAACUUGCCUGGAGGAUUUUAUCAAGGCGGUAUGGGGCUACUCUGGCGUAUACACCAAUGUUUCAUGCUAAAAAUUUUGCCACUUCGGAGAAGUACAGGAAGGACAUGUGGUGCGAACAGGACGGAUGCAGCAACGUAGAUCGCCCGUUGGUAGUACAAUUCUGCGCGAAUGACCCCGAGUAUCUCUUAGAGGCAGCAAAACUUGUACAAGACAAGUGUGACGCUGUGGACCUCAACCUCGGGUGUCCUCAAGGCAUAGCGAAAAAGGGCCGUUACGGGUCUUUUCUCAUGGAAGAUUGGGAACUCAUUCAUAAACUCAUCAGAACACUGCACGAUAAUCUAGAUGUGCCGGUCACAGCCAAGAUUCGGGUCUUUCCAGAGCGUGAGAAGACCUUGGACUAUGCCAAGAUGGUCCUGGAUGCGGGAGCUCAGUUCUUGACGAUUCAUGGCCGUCUGCGAGAACAAAAGGGCCAGCAGACUGGAUUAGCAGACUGGGAUAUCAUUCAGUAUUUACGGCGGGAAUUGCCUCAGGACACCGUUUUUUUCGCAAACGGAAAUAUUUUGUAUCCCGAAGAUAUCUCUAGAUGCAUGAACAAAAUACACUGUGACGGAGUAAUGAGUGCUGAGGGGAACCUUUACAAUCCAGGGGUGUUCAACACGGAAAGCAUCAAUGAUAUAGAGAAAACGUUUCCCCGUGUUGACAAAUUGCUUAGAGAGUAUUUUGAAAUUGUUGAAAGCUGCAAAGGUUCCAACGCCUCACGUAUUGCAAUGAAAUCGCAUUUCUUCAAGAUCUUACGUCCUUUCCUGCCCCAUCACACCGACAUUCGCACCAACCUCGCGUCCAUGAACGCAAAGACCUCCUUUGAGGAAUGGGAUGAAAAAGUAGUCAAGCGCGUGGAGCAGGUUGUGCAGGAUAUCUACAAACAAGAGGAUAUAUGUGCUAAGGACGUGAUCACUACAGGCGAGGUUGAGCUUUGGGGUGGUUCUUACAAACAAGUACCAUAUUGGCGGUGUCAGCCUUAUUUCAGGCCCGUCAACGGUGUAACCGGAGACAAGCGAGUUGUGCAAAGCCUCAAGAGGGCCAACGAGUUCGAAAAAAGUGACUCGGAGGAAACGAAGAAGAGCAAACCUGAAGGCGAAACGUCUUCUGCCAGCUAA